CUGAGCGGAGCACGUGACCCCACACCUACCCACCUUCACUGUACAUUCAUAUCAUUUCCCUGCUGGACCUAUGGAGGAAGUGAGAAAGUUGGCACGGGCGGGCUCUGCACACACACACAGACAUACAGAGAGAGACACCUGAGUGACAGAUGGACCAUGCGAGGAUGAGCUCCUUCUUGGACUAUCCAGGCUUAGUAAAUGGAGGAGACCAUGGAAGCUGCUCCUCCAGAGCCUUCCACCCUGACCAUGCUGGGAUUACAACUUUCCAGUCCUGCGCAGUCUCUGCCAAUAACUGUACCAGCGAGGACCGGUUCAUGGUGGCCAGAGGGGUCCAGAUAAGUUCCCACCAUAACCACCACCCACACCAAAGCGGUGCCUUCCAACACCCAAGCAACCUGGGCAUGACCUACUCCCACCCCAGCUGCUCUGUGGGCUAUGGGAUCCAGAAUUUCAACACUACCUACUCUCACUUCCCCAUCAGUCAGGACUCAGAGGUCAGUGCAGGGUACCCCCAGUGCACUGCUGCGGUGUACACUGGGAAUCUCGCCUCCUCAGUGGUCCAGCACCAUCAGCACCACACUUAUGUGGAAGGUACUGGAGGGACAGCUCACUACAUCCAUCACUCCUAUGGACCAGAUCAGCAGAACCUGUCCAUUGCAGGGUACAGCAGCAAUGCCUCCAGCAUACACCUCAACCACCAAGAAGUGUGUCGCUCCCCUUCCUCAGAGUCAUCUCCACCUGCCCAGACAUUUGACUGGAUGAAAGUGAAGAGAAACCCCCCUAAAACAGGUAAAGUGGGAGAGUAUGGCUAUGCAGGGCAGCCCAACACAGUGAGGACCAAUUUCACCACUAAGCAACUCACUGAGUUGGAGAAGGAGUUUCACUUUAACAAGUACUUGACAAGGGCCAGGAGGGUGGAAAUAGCAGCUGCCCUGCAACUCAACGAGACCCAGGUGAAAAUCUGGUUUCAGAACAGAAGGAUGAAGCAGAAAAAGAGGGAGAAAGAAGGUCUCUUGCCAAUAUCCCCAUCAGCCAGCACAGGAAGUGAUGAAAAAUCAGAGGAGCUUUCAGAGAAAUCCAGUCCUUCUCCCUGUGUCCCAUCACCUGCCUCUUCUACCUCUGAUCACCUCAAUUCCUCCAAUUAAGUUGCUAUUGCUCAUUAUGAAGUGUUAGUUACAUACUCUAUGAGAUGAUAGCAGCAUGUGACAAUGUUCUGUUUUAAACUGUGUUUUGAGCUGAGCAACCAAAACAGAGACAACAAACUAUUUAUCAGUAUUGGCACAUAAGCUCCUUUGAGUUCCAUAAAAUUGAAGGAUUUACUGGUGAUGUAGCAGACAAAGUGUUAAAGGAAAUGAAAUAUUCUUAUUAUAAACAGCUUUCUCAUGGACAUAUUUAAAGGGAAAUAUUAUCUCUAAUGGGAUGUGUUGUUUGGUCAAGGCAGGGUACAACACGCUGUAAAAGCGAUGCACUAUUGAUUAACGUUUACAAAAGUUGAAAGACUUAAUGAUUAAUUUAAUGUUUUGUUAUUAUGUGUCUUUAUGUUGUGUAAAUAAUUGUUGGACAGAAUUUAUCUGUGAAGCAUUUUUGUAGAUACUAUGUAUAAUUAUAAGGUGGUGGUGGUAUUAUCAAAGGUAACUUCAACAUGUUAUAUAGCACAAUCAAAUCUAAUGUUUGAUAUAUCAGUAAACCUCCACAGUGCUAGCAGGGUAUACAAUAAGUUGUUACAGUGUAUCAAAAGUAAAAAUGUUAUUUAUUUUUGUAUCAGAUAAAAAUGGGGCAAUCUUUUUACCCUAGAAAUAUAACAGAAGUGUCCAUAAACUAUUGACAGGGUAUCCAUAGCUGUUCAAUCAUCAUUUCCAUAACAAAUUCUUCCUAAGGGAUCUUAUUCAGCAAACGUUGAACUGGGGACCGAAGUCCACAAUUUAGAACAAAAUAGAUUAAAAUGAAAAAAAAACAACAACUCAGUUUUGAGAGAGACGUUUUUGACAUUAUCUACUUUGAUUUAUAGUUGUAAGUCGGUUGUCAACUCAGUAUAUAGCUCACUAUUUAGUGAAUA